UAAAAGUUAAGCAACGGAGAACAAGCGCGACUACGGGUUCCUUCUCAAGUUUCCAUGUGGAGUAUAGUUAUAGGUAUUUAUUCCCGGAAUGAGUUCAGAUAAUUAUAAAGGUAACGCGUCUUCCGAUGAAGAAGAUGAUGAUCAGGGUUCACGGUCACCUCCACCGGAGCGUUCAGUCCAGACGCAGAGUCUCCCGUUCAGCGUCGAAGCCCUUAUGUCGAAGAAAGGACGGAGUGAAUCAACUUCACAAGAACCGAUUCACAUGCCAUGCAUGAUAAAUCCGGAUGAUCGAUCGGUGAUAUAUUCCGAGUCAGUGGAUUUCCCCAAACGCUGUGAAUCUGUCAAAGAGGACUCUUCCUGGAUCAACAAACCCAGAUUAUCACCACGACCGCAGAGUCCCGCGGCAUGCACUCUCCGAAAGCACAAGACGAACCGUAAACCCCGAACCCCUUUCACCACAACUCAGCUCUUGGCCCUGGAGCGGAAGUUCCGUCAGAAGCAAUACCUGUCCAUCGCAGAACGUGCCGAAUUUUCCAGCUCUCUCAGCCUGACCGAGACCCAGGUGAAGAUCUGGUUCCAGAACCGAAGAGCGAAGGCCAAGCGGCUGCAGGAGGCCGAGCUGGAGAGGCUCAAAAUGACCAGCAAACCCAUCUUACAUCCCGGCCUCACUCUGCCGUUUCCACUCUGCACGCAAACCCAGACGGCAGCUCUCUUGUGCGGACAGUCUUUCCCCUUCAGCAGACAUAUGCUGCCUUUUGCACCUGUAGGAAUAUACUCCACACCGGUGGGUUACAGCGUGUGUCCUCUCUCCAAAGAUGGCUUCUCUGUGGAGCCAGUCUAAAGGAACAUUCAUGGAAACACCUCUGGUUCAUCUGCUGGACAUACUGACAUUUUUAUGUUUGAUGGGGAGUAAUAAAAUUUUACAUAUGCUUAGGAUUAUGUUCAUUUUUGUUUUAAAUUUUCGUUUUUAAAUGCGACAUUACACUCUUAAAAAUUAAAUAUCCAAAAAGAGGUUUUCACAGUGAUGCUGUAAGAACCAUUUUACUUUUAGAACAUUUAGAAUCUAAAAGAACCUUUUAAACAAUGUUCAAGUUCCAUGGAUGUUAAAGAUUCUUCACAGAAUGAAAGAUUCCAAUAAAGAAUCUUUUUUAAGAGUGUAAUCUACUUUGGAAGCCACAAGGAACAAAUGAAAUGUAAACUUGCAGGUUUGAGUUUUUUUCAUUUUAAAGUGUCACAAAAUGUAAUGCCAUUCUUGUAAGCCUUCUUUAACUUCCAAGGCAUUUUAGAAAUAUUAUAUGACCCAAUAUUUUGCAUUAAAAUAUUGAUCAUAGUGUGAUUUUGAGUCACACUAAAGAAAAUGUCA